CGGAUCCGAGUCAGAUUCCUCCAGUCCUCUCCGCCAGCAUCCGUCCCCGGUCGGAGGAGGAUGACUCCGCCGCUCUCCGCUCUCUGACGCCCCCGUGAACGAACCGGAAUCUGGAACAGAAACUGGACAGAACCGGACUCCGUCCUCAGGUGAGCCAUGCCGUUGGUGAAGCGGAUCAUUGAGCCCCGGUACCUGUGUCGAGGAGCUCUGCCUGAUGGCGUCGCCAGUGAGCUGGAGUGUGUCACCAACAGCACCCUGGCUGCAGUCAUCAAACAGCUGGGCGGACUCAGUCGUCACGCCGAGGACAUCUUUGGGGAGUUAUUUACGGAGGCCAACAGCUUCUACCUGAGGAUGAGUAGCCUGCAGGAGAGGGUGGAUCUUCUGGCGGUGAAGGUCACACAGCUGGACUCCACCGUAGAGGAAGUGUCCCUGCAGGACAUCAACAUGCGGAAAGCGUUCAGGAGCAGUACCAUCCAGGACCAGCAGGUGGUGUCACGGAGCUCCAUCCUUAACCCAGUACUGGAGAUGUACCAUCGCUGUGACAAACCACCUCCGCUCAACAUACUGACGCCCUACAGGGACGACAAGAAGGACGGCCUGAAGUUCUACACCGACCCGUCGUACUUCUUCCACCUGUGGAAGGAGAAGAUGCUGCAGGCCACCGAGAACAAACGCAAAGAGAAGAGACGACAGAAGGAGCAGAAGAACGUGGAGGAGUCUUCAGGACGGGAGGUGAAGAAGGUGCGUAAGGCUCGUAACAGGCGCCAGGAGUGGAACCUGAUGGCGUACGAUAAAGAGCUCCGCCCGGACGCCAGAGUGACGCCUUCCCCUCACCACAUGUCCGACGGCUCCAUGUCUCCGGACAGGUCAGGGAUGACGGACGACCCCUCCUUACCUCCCACCCCGCACCGCCACGAGGCCCAUGGGCAUGAUGGGAAGGAUCCCGUCUCCGCGGCAACCAGUGGAAGCGGUCAGACUCAGUCUCUGGACCGCGCCCUCCGACCCGCCGCCGCCGCCGCCGCCACGGCUUCCGCUCGACAGCACUCUCUGGGCCGCAACCAGCCGCAACACCACCACCACCACCACCCCCACCACCCCCCGCCACCGCUCAGCUCGGCCAAUCAGAACGGAGCACGCACCAACGCCGCCAAGGACGCCAUUGACCAUCAGAUCCCUCCCGCCCCCCCGCCGCCACCUCCUCUCAUGCCGUCGGGACAGAAGGCGUUCCCCAACAGCUCCACCCACAACGCUGCCGUAGCCACGCCUCCCGGUAACCAAGGUGGCGCCGCUGCCCUCCCUCGCCCAUACAGCCCCUCGCCCCCGCCGCCUCCACCUUCUAACUACACCCCCUCCCCGUCCCGCCCUGGAGCCCUGGCCUCUGCCGCGCCCCCGUUACCCCUGGCAACAGAUGGCAGGAAGCCUCCUGGUGGACCGAACGUGCCGAUGAACGACGCCCGCAGCGACCUGCUGGCCGCCAUCCGCAGAGGGAUCCAGCUGAGAAAGGUUCAGGAGCAGCGGGAGCAGGAGGAGGCCAAGAAACGCGAGCCGACGGGGAACGACGUCGCCACCAUCCUGUCGCGACGCAUCGCCGUGGAGUACAGCGAAUCAGAGGAAGAGUCCGAGCCCGAGGACCAGGACUGGUCUGACUAAAGAAAUAAUUCAUGUUUUCUGGUUUUCUGGUCAGUGUGAUGCAGGUGUGAUCCUGUAGCGCUCCCCCAACCCCCCUCAUGAUGAGACAGUUAUCUCCUUGUGUUGUGCUGAAUUCAUAAGGACCUUAAAUGAGGAGGUUCCUGCUUCUUCUUCUUCUUCUAUGAAUUGUGUUCAGUGACAUUGGUAUUUAUUUACGAUUUGUCGUUUCAAAUAAUUUUUAUUAAUUUUCCAAAACAGAGGUCCAGUUCAGGGCAAUACACAGAUCGAUAUUCAACUCUUAAAGAUGUAGACAUGUCUGACAUUAUUAGGACUAGUUCACGAUGUGUAUUUUUUGAGAAUAAACUGAAAAUUAAAGCCACAAUCAAAUAGUCAGGAGUGCUGCUCGGGUGUAACAAUAUAUUGCCCUUCAGUUUUAGGGAUCUGAGGCAAUUUUGUGCAAUUAAAAAGCCUUUAUUUAAAUGUGGCUGUCACUUAAAAUCACUUAAAAUAACUUAAAAUCACUUAAAAUCGUGCCAACGUGUUCCCGCCCUGGUGGCCUUCUUGGUAACUUGCCUUUACAUGAAUAAACAGAAGCCUUGUAGCUUAGCACACAAGACAACUUCAGUAAACUUACAUUUUAUUAGGAAAUUUCAGGAAGAAAAUAUUGUGUAACUCCACUUAAGAGUAAUGGAUUAUGUGUAGGACUUUGAAUUGGAUUAGGUGAUGUCUAGGAUUUAAUCUGGAGUCCCACUGUUUAUUUACUAUUUAUUUAUGUGCUUAUUUUAAUUAAUCUUUUUUGGGGUUUUUUUUGUGGUUUCUUUAGUUUUUAUUUUGUAUCUGCGACUAGCUGCCCGUUAAACUGUCCAUUGGUUGCCAUAGUAACCGGAGCCAAGCUCAUGUCUUUAAUGGACACGUCCCAUGAUGCCUCUGUUCAUCGGACAGAAGCGUCACUGAUUAAUGUGAAGCGCUGUCGUCAUAGUAACGCUCACCUGGUGACGUCAACGCCCCCUGCCAGGGAUGAUGUCACCAGAGGGGGCGUGUACUUCUUGCUCUGUACCAUCUGUGAUUGGUUGUAGAUAAAGAUUGAUCUGUGAUUGGUUGUGGUUGUUUGCAUGUUGGUGGAAAAAAAAAAACGGAAAUAAGAAAACUUUGA